GUAAAAGACCAGAAGCAACAUGCGAGUCGUGAUAGCAUUUAUCACGUUUGGUCUGCUGGCCAUUGGUGCCAGUGCCCACCGUCGGUUCCCCAACAUCGAUUGGUCGCAAGUGAAGCCGAUCGAGGAGUUCGAUCACUACUGGCAACGCCUUCCAGCCCAUUUACGAGCACUUCGCUUCAAUCAGCCCGCAAAACGUAUCAUAGGCGGUUCGGAGGCUUAUCCUGGACAGUUCCCGUAUCAAGUCGCUCUUCUUAGCAGCUUCCCGCAAGGUACGGGCCUGUGCGGUGGAACCGUUCUCACAAACAACUUCAUCCUAACGGCGGCUCACUGUGUCGUCGGAAGUGAUCGUGAGCUCGCGCUCAACGGUAUUGCCAUCCUCGGAGCCCAUGAUCGAACCGAAGAGGAAGAGUCACAGCAGAGGAUAGAAUUCUCACAAUCCUGCAUUUCCGCUCAUUCGCGUUACAAUUCACACACCAUCCGUAACGAUAUCGCGACCGUUCAGCUUCCGAUUCCGGCUGUCUUCAACGAUCGCGUCCAACCGAUCGCACUUCCAGCACGUUCCGAUCAUAGUGACUUUGCUGGACUGCAAGGAAUCGCGUCCGGAUUCGGGCGUACCUCGGACUACAACACGGAACCAUCGCCGGUACUGCUGUUUACGACCAAUCCGAUCCUCUCGAACGCCAAGUGCAAUGAAUUCUGGUCUACGGAUCUGGUCUCAGAACAGAAUAUCUGUUUGAGUCCAGCCGGUGGAACCUCGUCCUGUAACGGUGAUUCGGGUGGUCCGUUGGCUGUGGUUCUGGAGGGCCAUAGUGUACAGGUUGGCAUAACAUCGUUCGUUUCGGCCCAGGGUUGUGCCUCAGGAUUCCCUCCAGUAUGGGUACGUGUGUCGUAUUAUCGGGACUGGAUCGAGGAACAUUCGGACUACGUAUUUGGCGCCUAGAAUCAGAACAAGCGCGAUGGCAUUGUGAUGGACUUUGAAUAAACAUGUAUCUUCAGCUAUUUUAUCCAUCAUCAAGUGAUUCUUCUCUUUGUUCAAAAGUUUUAAGAUCUUAGUAUGAACUUCAGUUCUUGGAAUGCUAGUUAGUAUGCAGGAUACAUUUUUUUCAAGGGAAAGCUAAUGGCUUCAAUACCAUGGAAGAGAUGAAAUAGAUGCAGCAUUUUUUACUUAU